UCAGUACUCUGCUGAGUUUUGCCAUCAUCGUAUCCUUUGCGAUACCGCGGAGCCCCUCAAAGCAUUAAAAAACCCGACGACACGCGCGUGGAUCAACGAAAGCUCUCAGGCACAACAUAAUAUAGGGAGGAUACGAGAAAAAAAAAGCUCAAGCCAUAGGAAAUUUCGACACAAUUUUUCGCACACAGUGUGUGAGAAUUGCAGUGAUUGUGUGCCUCCCGGAAGCAGGAAGGAAAAUUCUCAUCUGAAAAUUCUCAUUUCAACUUGUUGGCAAAUUUUUUUUCUACGUUGCAAGUCUCCCUUUGAGCUUUUUUUUCUAUAUACAUAUUACGGCUUUUGGGAACCACGCUAAGCUCACCGUUGCAAUGUCAAUGUAGGGUAGCCGGAAGGGGAAGAGAAAACGUGUGUGAGUCCCAUGGUGGAAAGUUUAAAGUGAAUUCUGCAAAUUGUCCCAUUUCGGUGGCAUCCUGUGCUUUUGGUAACUUUUCACAAAGCACCCAAAGCUUCCUGUUCUUUUAAUUGCACCACCAAAUUGGGGGAUUUACGAAUUCCUGUGAGAACAUCCUAAAAAACCCACCUAGGCGUGAGCCAAGGCAAGGGCUUUUUCACGUGGGCGAGACAAGAGCUAUGAGCGGCAUCGGAGCGUGUCAAUAGAGCCCAUCCCAUCGUACGUUCCCAGUGGAAAUGAUGAAAGUGAUGUGUGUGAGAAAUCGCUAGUGACUGUAGAAGAAGUCCUCCCCCCCCCCCAUUCAGACCACCCCCAAAGAGACGCCACAGAGUGCGGUGAAAAUGGGGAAAUCUGAGAAAAUCCCCGAAGAGCGUGCCACCACGUGGGGUUCAUAUAUUGUGAAUUGUGUCCUCUGUGUGCUGUGCAUUUCGUCAAUCGGUGCCUCACUGUACUCCAAUGUGCAACAGAGCAACAUUGAGGAGAGGAUACGGCAUCUGUGGCACCUCGACGAAAGGAUAUCGGUGCUCGAAUCCAAAUUCCAGCACCUGCCGCAGGCAUUUGUCGAUCCUGACGUGUCAGACGUGGUGGAUGUUGUUCGGAAGUUGAAACUUCAGGUGCCAGAAAUGCAGAGAUUGCGACGGGAUGUCUCCCAACUCCAGGUUGCCCGGUACAGGAGGCAGGCGUCUGUGCAAUCGGCGGGGGAAUGCAUCUGCCCAGCAGGUCCACCAGGUCCACCCGGAAAACGCGGAAAGAAGGGAAAGAAAGGUGAUCCCGGUGAAAUAGGUCCAGCUGGUCCAGCGGGUCCACCCGGAAAAAAUGGCUUUCCGGGCGAGAGAGGCCAAAAGGGAAUCAUGGGACCAAUAGGUUUGGAUGGACCCAAGGGAGAGCCGGGCAGACCGGGCGACAAAGGGCAGAAAGGUGAUCUCGGAAAUCCAGGAAUUGAUGUAUUGCAGACUGUUAAGGGAUUAAAUUUGAAGCGAUCCGUAACGACACUCCGAGGCGGGUCUCUUGGUUACGCUGAGAUUGUUGCCGUUAAGGGAUUACAAGAGGCAGGACACAAUAUUUCCGCAGCAACAGUAAUUCAGCUUAAAGGUGAACCCGGAGAACCAGGACCCCCAGGACCACCUGGUCCAACGGGAACGGCGGGAAUUCCUGGGUAUGACGGCAAACCCGGCCAACCAGGGGAGCCAGGCCCACCAGGACCACCUGGCCCAGCUGGAGAGACAGGACCCAUCGGACAUAAUGGAACAGCAGGACAACCAGGACCAAAGGGUGAUAAGGGUGACAAAGGCGACCGGGGAUUGACGACAACGCUGAAAAGUGAUCAAUUUCCAACGGGUAUCAUCGAGGGACCGCCUGGUCCACCAGGACCUCCAGGACCCCAGGGACUUCCAGGAGAACGUGGUGAGGUUGGUCCCAUAGGACCACCGGGACCGCCUGGUGAGAAAGGACCUCGAGGCAAGCGUGGAAAACGGUUGGGCCCAUUCAAAGAUGAUUCCGACUACGAUGACACGAUGGUGCUAAAGGGCCCCCCAGGACCACCCGGUGAACCCGGAACUCCCGGCAAGGACGGCGUUGACGGUGCAAAGGGGGAACGCGGUGAAGCUGGCGAGCCUGGAUCUCUAGGACCACGAGGAUUGGACGGUUUACCAGGAGAACCCGGCAUAGAAGGCCCCCCAGGUCUUCCAGGCUAUCAAGGACCCCCUGGCGAGAAGGGUGAUCGUGGAGAUAUUGGCCCACCUGGCCUGAUGGGACCUCCAGGACUCCCAGGACCUCCUGGAUACCCAGGUGCCAAGGGCGACAAAGGUGAUCGAGGAGACUCCUAUCGCAAGAUGAGACGACGGCAAGAUGAUGGAAUGGCAGAUGCUCCCCACACCCCGGUUGAAUAUAUUAUAGGGCCAUCAGGACCUCCAGGUCCACCUGGGAUUCCCGGAAGGGUAGGUCCACAGGGUGAACGAGGCCUAGAUGGACGGAAAGGUGAUCGAGGUGAGAAGGGCCACAAAGGUGAUCCCGGCCCAAUGGGUCUACCCGGUCCAAUGGGCUUCCGUGGGGAUUCUGGACCAAUAGGCCCCGUAGGCAGACCCGGUCAGACGGUGUGGUCUUAUGACUAAUAAAGUGUAACUAAAAUACUGACGUUGUUAAGUAUCUAACACCGAAGUUGGAGCUGCCUCGGGUAUAUACAUUGUCAAUAUACCAAUCUCCAAGACGGAAGGGAGAACUAUUGUAUCAUUUAAAUUAUUGUAAAUCGCAUUAAAGUUUAAUUUAAAACAUAACAUACAAAAGGAUUAAGGCAUUCUGUAUAAAGGCACACACACAUUGAAACAUUUUGUAAAGGAUUGUACUAUAAAUGAUGGUUAAGUAGAAGGAGAUGGAUAACAAAGUGUACAUGAUAACCAACAGCAAUUCCCAGAUAUUCGUCCGUUAAUUAUAGUGAGAUGAGAUGAAGAAAUAUGAGGAUAGAGAAUGACAAAAGUAAAUUAAUAUUAAGUAAUUUUAUUCGUAAUAGAAAACAUGAGAAAUUGUUGGUGUGUAUAUUUAUUCUUGAAACGAGUUACGGGGAAAUGGAAGUAACAUAAAUUAUAUUGAUGAAUUAUGUCAAUGUUAUCAUGAAAAAAAGGGAGAGACAAAUAAAUUUUAUCUGCAAAUGUAUAGAGAGAGAACAAAAAUUUACAUUUUAAACAAAAAGGAGAAUGAAAAAGUUGUGGGAAAAAUUAAUUAAUUAAAGCCAGGGGGAUGCCCAACCCCGAGAAAUCAGUACUUUUAGUGAGGCAGCAGGUUCUUCCGAUCAAAAGAAGUGAUCAGCUUGCACAAUUCCACUUGCAAUCGAAAGUACAUUUAAUUAGCUUUCGAUUGAUCUCUUCUCAUCAUCGAAAUAACAUUAUUAAUAUAAAAAAAGUUAAAGUGUUUCUCGGGAAUCGGUCGAGAUUGAGCGAGAUUCGAGAAUUCCUCAUACAUUUUGUUCAACAAAAAGUGAUUUUUCUUCACUGAAAAUGAGGUUAAACCAUCCCCUUGAUUAAAGCAUAUCUCUAUGGAAUAAAACAUACACACAAAAAAAGUAUUUUUGGAUAGUAAAUUACGAUUUUAAAUUAACAAAAAAAAUAUACAACAUAUAACAUUACAUGGUGUAAGUGUCUGGAACUGCAUAAAUUAAUUAAAGCAUUUUUUAUACAAAUUAACAUUCUACGCAAUGGAGUUUUUUUCCAGAAAAGACUCCAAAAGGAGAGAAAAAAGGAGUGAACACCGUUUCAGAACUAUGUUAAAAAUGUAUAUGUAAAAAAUGCAUAAUGUGGAGUGCCUCUUUUAGAACUUCAUUCAAACAUAAUAACGAAGGGCAUUCGUGAUGAAAAAAAAACUAUGUGGUACAUAUUGGUGAAAAAUAAAACUGCAUCAAUGUGUGGUAUAAAUUGUAAUUAAAAAUCUCAAUUAACACAUCUGAAUACUUGCUCAACAAGCUCAUGUUCAACAUGCAAAAAAUCUGUAUAUAGUACAUCGUUGAUAAGAUAAAAAAUCGUGAUUUAUCCUGUGAAUGAAAUGCCAGAAGUUCAUGAAGUGUGAGUGAAUUAUUCUGAUUUUCUCAUAAAAAAAUGAUGAUUAUUUAUGUUGAAUUUUAUUGGAAAAAAUUUCGCUAAUUAUGUGCUUCAAAAACUCAAUUUUAUGCAAUUCUACACUUUUUUUGGAAAAUUUUAUUGAUUUAAAAAUUUAAACAUUAAAUUCUCAUGAAAAAGCUGGCCUAAAUCCACCCUAUCAUGUACUACAGAACUACAGACAACAUAAAUUAAAAUCAUUUAAAAUUUUCGCAAAAUAGAUAAUGUUUUAUGGAGGGAAUUUUCAGGCAACAAGUCCGACAAACAUUAAAACAUAAAUAGAGAGCUAUGAACAAAUCAAAUUCAUUAGAAUUAAUUGCACAAAUGCGCCAUGAAUUUUCAAUUAGUUUUAUUAUUAAAUAGGAAACCCCAUCUAUUUGGGGUUUGUUUUUUUUAAUUGUAUUUAUAAUUCUUUUGCACGCACAUGCACUUAAUUAUUUCAAAAUGGGAAAAAAUAUCAACAAAAUUCCCAAUAAAAAUUCUCGUCCCAACUAAUUAGCAUAAAUAUUUUUUUCCUUUGAUGCAAUAAUUUCCAGGAAUUAUGAAGAGGGUGUGCUCCUGCUUGUUUCCCCCUUUUUUGUCCCGUAUACACGGGGUAGAAGGUAACAGAAAAAAUACAAAAUAAUUUAUUUUUAGUGAGACAAAAAUGCAUGGAAGGAAUGAAAGUUGAUGAUGAAAAAUAACAAGUUUGUUUUUAUGUGACGAUGAAUGAUAAUAUCGUAUUCAUAGAUUGAUAUCAAUAAAGUUAUAUAUGUACACCACAUUGUAUUAUAUAUUUUGGAGGAAAAAAAACGAGAAAAGCCAAAUUAUUAAUAAUAAUGUUCAAAGGGUAAAUUAAAUUGAUUUAAUUAGUGUGCGAUAUGGCAGUGCAAAAUAAACUCAUAAUGAUUGUAUAUAGUGUAUCAAAAAAUAUAUAUAGAUAUACAUAGCAAAGUGUAGAUAUGUGGACAGAAAUUAAUCAAAUAUUUAUAUUUCAUUUCCAAUGUUUGUCCUCCCACGGCAUUUCCCCAUACAUUUUCUCACACUUUUCCACCUUCUCUCUCUCUUUCUCUCGUUCUCAUACUCUCAAUCUCACUCUAUCACAUUCCCAUUUUUUAAUCUGUUGCUACCGAAAUACAACAAAAAAAAAUGGGAAUAUCAUUGAAAAAAAAAUAAAAAUAUGUAUCAUAAUGAAAUAUUUAUUAGGAUGCCAAGCAUCAGAUAUUUUUGCUCACACCAUGGAUGAAUACAGAGUCCCGAGAAAAUACAGAGAAUGAUUUACAUUGUGAAAAGAGCCUUUUUGUGCAGUUAUAUAUAGGUAUAAAAUGCAUGGACAUCCCGAAAAGUUGCAAAGUGCCACGUGCAAACCCCAAAUGCAACAUUUUGUCCAAAAGUUUUCAAAUAAACGAUGUCAUUUACUUUUGCAUUGUGCUAUUUUGUGCAAAACAAUGUAAACUGCAAAAUAAUUUUCCAUUUUAUCCUCUAUCUAUCCCUCAUCUAACAUUAAUCACAAUUUUCUGAAUAGCCAUUAUUUAAACUAAUAAAUACUGUAUGAAUUAAAUUAUCACACAAAUGUGACGCAAUGAAAUGCAACUUUCAAAUAUAAUUAAGAGGAAUUUUAAUAUGUUUAGCAACUGUGUGGAAUUUCGGUAUUCACGAAACAUUGUGGAAAGGUACGUUCACAAAGGCAUAAAUAUGAUUUUUUUUAAACAUAAAAGUCAUUGAAUUAUUACCUACUAUUGAACUGAAUUGAUUGAGAUUGUUAAGAUUAAGACUAAUUUUGAGAAACUUUUUAUUUAUUUUUCAGAGUUCUAAGAAUUUUUAUUCAUUUGAAAAUUGAGGAAAAAACUCCAUAAAACUGUCCAGAUCUAUAUAAAUAAUUUUUAAAGGAAUAAAAAUACACCAAACUCAUUUUUUUUAAUUUUAAAUGAGUUAGGUAUAAUGUCCUCUUAUAACGCUUCGAUUGGUAUGAUGUAAUUAAAACCAAACUCUAAAUUAAUAAUGUGCAAUAAUUUUGAAAAUUUAAAUUUGAUUAAAAUGAAACAAUGGACGAGAUACCAAAAUGCCAUUUUCGUGAACAUUACCUACUGUGUAAUACCAUUUAACCCCAUUACUCUGUAAAGUAUGUGUGUGUAAUUUAUAAAAUAAUUUUCAAUUAUAAAUGCUACAAUGACCUAAUUACAUCUCAUUAUUAUUAUAAAAAUUCCAUUAAUAAAUGCGGCAUUUAUGGAGCAACGACUAACGAAAUAUUUCUCAUAAUAAACUAAUAUUUUUUACAAAACUAUCGUAAAUUUAUUUAAUAAAAUAAAAUCUCUUUUCAUACCUAUCUUAGUGUGUGAACCUAUCCUAUAGAUUUUACUCUUAAUUAAACCUCUAGCUGUAUUUUUAAUCAGUCUCUCUCUAAUCUUAAAGACGAUUUAAACAAACAAAAAAAAAUGAGAAUAAAAGACAAAAAAAAGGGAGACGAAAUAAAAGAACAAUUACAAUAAAUGGGAAAUAUUAGUGAAAAGAAAUAAGAUGAAAAAUAGAAUGUUGAAACUAUUUUGCAUUGUAAGAAAUAAGAAUUAUUUACAUAAGCGAAGGGUGGCAGAGGAAAUGGGGGGUGGGGAUGCACACGUCUUCAGUGAUUUCCAUUGGAGGAUGAAUUGUGAAAAUGUAUAAAGAAUGAUAAAUGGCAGGAAAAGAGAUGAGAAAUAAAUCAAAAUGCAUGUCAUUAAGGUGAAAAUAAAGGGAAAAAUAAUGUUUGCUCUUUCAAUUUAUGACAAUAUUUUUGCAUUUAACUAAAUUAUUAAACACAUUUCCACUCGUAAUUUCCGUCUUCCAUUAAUUUUCUACCUCUCUUUGACUUUGCCCCAUCUUUCUACCUUUUUGCACUGCUGAAGCUCUUUCUCUCAGGGGUUGGUGCCGCGGAAAGAAGAAAAACUUCCGGAAGAUACCAAAUGGUGGUUGGGGGAGGUAUGGGUAUGUACAGGGCGAUUUUGCUAGGUAAAUUCAAAGGAAAAACGGGGGAGGUUAAUUGAUUUGAUAUUGUAAAUUUAUUUCAGCUCGCUUUCUUAUUAAAUUCCACUGUGUUCUCAAUAUUCAUUACUUCCCUUCAUCCACCCCCGCCGUCGCUCUUUCACACACUUCCUCCUACAUUUCCUUCGUCUGUGUGAAAUUUCCGUUUCUGCCUUUUAUACAAAAAGCCGCCCCCACUGUCCCUAUCCAGGACCCCAUACAAAAUGCCGCCCUGGCUUGAGUAUUACCUGUAAUUAUUCACUCACCCCGUAAACACUCGCACAACAUCCUUCCAUCAAAUUCACGGUGAAAGGUGGAAGUUGAAUGAGGACUCCGUCGGGAGUAACCUUUACCCCGUAAGAUGCAAAACAGGGGAAUAAAUAAGCAACAAUUUAAACUCACCCCCGUUCCUUCUUUUAGACUUAACAUGCGGGGGCAUUAUGAUAGAGCCCACGAAUAGCGUUUUUUCUUCUUCUCGGAGAAGGAAGUGAUGCGAAUUAAAAGAUAGUGAUAAUGAUAAAGCUUUGAAAAUUUUGAUUUACCGUAUAACAUUCCACAAGUAAGCAAUUUCUUAUCUAGAUGUUCUUUCAAGACGUUGUAGAGGAGUUGAUAGCUUCUAACUUGGCUAAAGGAAAAUUUAGAAUUUCCUUAAACGUUGACUUGAAUGAUUAUUUAAAAAAAAAUUAAUUUGAUAAAGCUUUUGAAGUCAAUUAUUGAAUAAUCCACCACUCUGAUGAUAGUAAAUAUUCUUGUGAAGAUUAAGACUAAUGCUGGGAUUCUUUCAAAUUAUUUUUCAAGCUUGUAGGAUGUUUUAUUCAGCUAAAACUUGAGGUCAAAAAGUAGAUUGAAAAUUCAGAAUACUACCCCCGUGCCAUUCAUAUCCUUUUCAACUCUUCCUUCAGAGCUUUUUAAUCCCAUUUCCCAUGAAAAGCCUCUAAGGAUAUUUCAUUACAAAACAAUACACAAUUCAUUUUCAAAACAGACAAACUUUUGAAAAAUAAAGUUUAAAAA